GUAAACUGAUAAAGAGAGUGACUCCUGACUAAUCAGCUGACAAGAAAGUCAGUUGUGGAAAAUAUUCAGCGACAGGUUUAUUCCGUGGCUUUGCUGUGAGAGUUGAUUGUUAGAUGAUAAUUGGGUGAUUUUGUGAUUUUUUUUUAGGUAUUUUGAAUUAGAAUAUUUCGGUAUUAAAUCAAUCGUGGAAUUUUGUGAGGUGAACUGAGUGAGAUGGCAAGUGGAAAAUUGGUGGGAAAACAGGAAGUUGUACUGGUGACCAGAGCAGAAUGCGUGGAAAUUGUCAGUCAAACAUUAAAUUUGGACAAAGUACAUGUAAUUGAUUAUGCCAUUGAGGCGGCUAGUGAUGAAAUUCUUGGAUUCCUGGGCGAGUACUUCAGAUUGGCCAUUACGAUUGAAGAAAAUUCUGCAAAGAAGACACUCUACUAUUUCUUGAAAUCUCUGCCAACGGACAAAGAUCAGAGGGAGAUGAUUGAGAGGAUUGGACUCUUUCACAAGGAAGUACAGCUCUAUUCGAUACUUUUGCCCAAACUCAAAUGGAAUACAGGCUCUUCAAAAUGGCGGCCCAACUGCUACUUGUCUCGGUACGAUCUUCUGAUAAUGGAAGAACUAGGACAUUUGGGAUACGGCCAUGUGCCCGAUCGAAUGGAGUUUACGGAGAAACACAUGCAGGAAACCUUGAAAUGCCUGGCAAGAAUGCAUGCAGCAAGUUUGGAAUUUGAGACAAAUCACUGCGAAAACACAAGAAUUGACGCAAUUUUCGGAAGUCUUCUCUUUGAGUCUCAACUAACUGGGAAAAAUACUUGGUUUAAGGCUGGACUGAAUGCCAUUCAGGCCUUUGCUGAGCGAAAAUCGAAAUUCAAGGAUCACCCAACAAUUCGGGAUAAUCCUGGAAAAUUGAUGGAGAUGAUGGAGGGAAUUUACGAAUUUAGCGUAUCGUCCAGAGAUUUCCAGAAUGUUCUGGUCCAUCGGGAUCUCUGGAGUAAGAAUAUCAUGUUUCAAUUUCCGAAAUUGGACGACAAUACCGAUCAGUUGGACUACGUUAAUCCUCAGCACUGUCUGCUGAUGGAUUUUCAGAUCUGUCGCUAUCAACCACCGGCUGUGGAUGUCCUCCUGACUAUCUUCUUCAAUACUCGUCGACAGCACCGGGAAAAAUACCGCGAGGAGUAUUUAAGGUUCUACCACAACUUUCUGAAGGAAGAACUUGAGAAAUACAACAUUGAUGCUGGAAUCAAGCUCCCCUGGGAGGAGUUCCAAGAAAGCUGCAAAUACUACAACCUCAUGCCACUAAUCUUCAACUGUGUCUACGUCCCACUCACACAUUUAGCUCCCGGAAUCCUCUCCCAGAUCCAAAAAACCGAUCCCGAAAGAUACCAUCACAUUUGCAAUAUGGACAGAAGUGAAUUUGUCUUGGAAAACAUGAAUCUCGAUACUUUCUACAGUGAUUACGUGACUGAAGUGAUGGAGGAACUUCUCGAAUUUCUGCUCAAGUGAUAAAAUGGCAAAUUUGCUUAAGCUAUCACAUGCCUGGUACGCACAGAUAUUAUCUAAUGAUUAGAGUUUUGAUGAGCAAAGUAGGGUGUAAUAUGCAAUAAUUAGUACAAAAAUAAAUUUUUGCAUUUGUCA